UAAUUUCUUCAGGUUAUGUUUGAUGACAGUGAGUGUGUCAGUGAUGGAAGGAGAUUCAGUCACUCUGUACACUGAUGUUGAAACAAUCCAACAAGUAGAGAUUAGAUGGUAUUUUAAUGACAUUCACAUCGCUGCAAUCAGUGGAGAUCCCAAUAAAACCUGCACAGAUGUUCAGUGUUGUUAUGGAACUGAGAGAUUCAGAGACAGACUGAAGCUGGAUCAUCAGACUGGAUCUCUGACCAUCACAAACAUCACAACCACAGACUCUGGACUUUUGAAACUACAGAUCAACAGCAGCAGUGACAGUCUUCUUCAGCUAUUCAGUGUUUCUGUCUAUGAUGUUCCUGAACGACAGAAAAUAAAGUCAGUGAAGGAGGGAGAUGCUGUCACUUUAGAUCCUGGUGUAGUAAAAAAAACUAAUUAUUUGAUGAAAUGGCUUUUUAAUGACGUUCGCAUCGCUGAAAUCAAUGGAGAUCUCAGUUUUAUCUGUGCAGAUGUUCAGUGUUUAUAUGCGGAUGUCAGAUUCAGAGACAGAUUGAAACUGAAUCAUAUAACUGCAUCUCUGACCAUCACAAACACCAGAACCACAGACUCUGGACUCUAUUAUCUACUGAUAACCACCAUCCGAUUCAACAUCAUAAAGAGCUUUAUUGUUAAUGUCACUGGUUAUGUUGAUGCAGUAAGUGUGUCAGUGAUGGAGGGAGAUUCAGUCACUCUGUACACUGAUGUUGAAACAAUUCAACAAGUAGAGAUUAGAUGGUAUUUUAAUGACAUUCACAUCGCUGCAAUCAGUGGAGAUCCCAAUAAGACCUGCACAGAUGUUCAGUGUUGUUAUGGAACUGAGAGAUUCAGAGACAGACUGAAGCUGGAUCAUCAGACUGGAUCUCUGACCAUCACAAACAUCAGAACCACAGACUAUGGACUCUUUAAACUACAGAUCAACAGCCGCAGUGACAGUCUUCUUCAGCUGUUCAGUGUUUCUGUCUAUGAUGUUCCUGAACGACAGAAAAUAAAGUCAGUGAAGGAGGGAGAUGCUGUCACUUUAGAUCCUGGUGUAGUAAAAAAAACUAAUUAUUUGAUGAAAUGGCUUUUUAAUGACGUUCGCAUCGCUGAAAUCAAUGGAGAUCUCAGUUUUAUCUGUGCAGAUGUUCAGUGUUUAUAUGCAGAUGUCAGAUUCAGAGACAGAUUGAAACUGAAUCAUAUAACUGGAUCUCUGACCAUCACAAACACCAGAACCACAGACUCUGGACUCUAUUAUCUACUGAUAACCAGCAUCCGAUUCAACAUCAUAAAGAGCUUUAUUGUUAAUGUCACUGGUUAUGUUGAUGCAGCGAGUGUGUCAGUGAUGGAAGGAGAUUCAGUCACUCUAUACACUGAUGUUAAAACAAACCAACAAGAAGAAAUUAGAUGGUAUUUUAAUGACAUCCGCAUCGCUCAAAUCACUGAAGAUCUCAGUUUUAUCUGUGCGGAUGUUCAGUGUACAUAUAGUGAUGAGAGAUUCAGAGACAGACUGGAGCUGGAUCAUCAGACUGGAUCUCUGACCAUCACAAACACCAGAACCACAGACUCUGGAGUUUAUCAUAAACAAGUCAUCAGCGGCAGCAACAUCAAUAACGGCAUCUUCGGUGUUACAGUCUAUAAAGUUCCUGAUGCUGAAUGAGAUGAAAUGAAGAGAAAGUCAGUGAAGGAGGGAGAAUCUGUCACUUUAGAUCCUGGUGAAACAAAAAGCCCAAAUGAUUUGAUGACGUGGUAUUUUAGUGACAUUCGCAUUGCUGAAAUCAC